AUGGGCAAUGUUCCUUCAGACAAGGCAACGGACGGGAAAGUCCCGGUAUCAGAAUCAAUUGCAUCUCAGCCGCCGUCAUCUGAGCCCUCGCGACCUCCAAAUGUCAGCCAACAUUUGGGAUACACAGAAACCCGAUAUGGAGCCUCUCCUUCUCCAUUGAACAUGGGAAACAUGUCAUACGCAUUACCAGGUCACUCACAACAAUAUGAUCCAAUGCAGUAUCCAGCCCAUGGACAAGGCAUGAUGUAUCCCAUUCCAAUGCCCUACGGCCCAAAUACUGGAGUGUCUUACGGUGUGCCUUACCCUUAUCCACCUUAUUCGAUCCAACAUCAGGGCCAUGGAUCCCCCUAUCAGCCAUAUCAAAACCAGCCCAUGCAAAAUAUCCCAGGACAAUCUUCUCCAUAUGCCCCGGGCUACUAUCCAUAUGGCAACUAUAUGCAUCCCGGCCAGAUGCACCAAACCGGCUCCCCGGUCGGUCGUGCACAAACAAAUUCACCUCCCAAACCAGGCUCUGUCCGCAAAGAUACCGACAAACGCAUCACACAACUCGAGUACGACGUCUCCAAGACCAUCGUUGAUGGUUCCAAUCCUAUGAAACUUGUGCUACCCCAACCGCUCCUCUCUGAUAGUAGUUCCCCUUCACAUUCCACCCCGACCGGACCGAGUACACCACGAGGACCACCACGAAAGCCAAAGCAAUCAGGCCAUGCGCUUUGGGUGGGCAAUCUCCCACCGGGAGCCAAUGUGAUGGAUCUCAAGGAUCAUUUCUCGCAAGAUGCAACCAAUGACAUUGAGAGUGUAUUUUUGAUUUCCAAAAGUAAUUGUGCUUUUGUGAAUUAUAAGUCGGCAGCAGCUUGUGUUGCGGCUCUGGCUAGGUUUCACGAUUCCCGAUUUCAGGGCGUGCGUGUUGUCUGUCGGCUGCGCAAGGGGUUUACUGCGCCGGGCUCAGGACCGGGAUCUGCGUCUGCGUCUGCGUCUGGGGUUUUGGGCGCGGCAGGACAAAGCAACCCUCGACCACGGGACGAUGUUGCUCCAGCUCCAGCUACAGACCCGGGUCCGGUCCUGGAGGAUAUUGCACCGGAUGUCCCUCCUGCCACGGGAAACGAUCCGGCUCCAGCGCGGGUGGUCGAUCGGUACUUUAUUGUCAAAAGCUUGACGACGGAGGAUUUGGAGUUGAGCAAGCAAAGUGGUAUUUGGGCUACACAGUCACACAACGAGGUGUCGAUGAAUCAAGCCUAUGAGACCACCGAUUACGUAUAUUUAAUCUUCUCCGCCAACAAGUCGGGCGAGUACUUUGGAUACGCCCGCAUGAUGUCGCCGAUCAGCGACGAUGAAAAAUUAGCCCUGGAAAUGCCCAUUCGCCCCGAUCCUCCAGCCAGACCGGACGAGCUCGACGUGACUCUCAUAGCUGCAACUUCGACUGCACCCCAGGGCCGGAUCAUCGAUGAUUCCGCGCGGGGAACCAUAUUCUGGGAAGUCGAGUCUAGCGAAGAUGACGCCCGCAGCGAGAAAAGCGUCGAACCCGAGGAGGCGGAAGAAGGACAAACAUUUGGAAAGCCCUUCCGCAUCCAAUGGAUGUCGACUGACCGAGUGCCUUUCCACCGAACUCGUGGGCUCCGCAAUCCCUGGAAUGCCAAUCGGGAAGUCAAAAUUGCUCGUGAUGGAACCGAAAUCGAGCCGGGGAUUGGCCGGAAGCUAAUUCAAUUGUUUCAUACCGCUUAA